AUGAUGGACACCGAGGAUGGGCAGUUCUUCAUAAAGAACUUGGCCCACUUUGUCCGGACACACGAGAAGGCAUUGGCAAAUGCUCUUCAACUACGACGCCAACAAGCUUCGAAGAAUGGCUCGUCUCAGACUGUGCCCGGUGCGGUUGGAGGUUCGGCGGUACCACAAUCACCAACAACCACGAACCAACCGUCCUCCGCGUCGUCCUCAACAACAUCGAGUACACUCGCAGCGGCUCUGUCUCUACCGUACCUGACUUUUGCGUCCCAUAACAUCAAGCCUGCCAAGCUUGCCUUAACACCCCACCAUCUCUUCUACCUGCUCUCCCGUUUCGAAGAUCUAGGCAUCGUUGUUGGCCCCAUGAACGUAAGGCUGGAGAACCUUCACGCAGAUACCUCAGCAGCAAACUAUGUCUCUUUCCUGGGUCAGUCACAAAGGCCCAAAGGUCGAGGCUCUGACCAUGGCUCAGUACAUUCGGUGUCUAGUGUUCGAAGCGUGAUGUCUGGCAUGUCUUCCCUGUGGUCCAAUUUUGGCCUCGGUUCUGGAGGGGCCGCUGCACGUACUGAGAAGCAAAAGGCAGCCAUUGAAGCAGAUUUGAAAUACCUAUACUCCGCCUUCACCAAGAUCCCCUGUCUCAGACUUGCUCCUGACCGACGGGCCCGAUUGAUCGAAGGCUACGAGGAGUUCCCAUUCGACAGUGCCGUUCCACUAUACGCGUUCAAGAACAUCAGUGCUUUGGAAAUAAGUGACAUUGAUAUUCGGCAGUUCUUUGGCUGGGAUCGACUGGCCGAACAACUGAGAUCGUUGACUGUGAAGCGCGCAGGAGUCGACGACCCCGCAGACCUUCUCAUAAACAUUGUGCUGGAUGAUAUGGACAAGCGUCGGCGGCGCUCUUCGAAAGCUCAACUGUCCCCAACGGCCCAGUGGGCUGCUUCACAAAGCCCCAAGCGGAGUCCGACAUUGCCACAUGCGGAAUUGGUGAAAUCCAACUCGGCACCUGGCUCUCCUGAUCAACAGAGUCAUAUCGAGGAGGAGGCCGAGCGAGGCGUCUCACUGGUGAGAUCAGGUUCGGAUGGUGCACAAUCUCCCACCAAGUCAAGACCAAGGAGCAAUUCUCCGGUGCGGCGACCAAGCUCACGGACUGGGUCAUCACACGGACACCUCAGAGGUUCAUACAAGGUGAAGCGUUCCGGAUCCGGAAGCUCCCACUCAAGCAUGUCAGAAGGAUGGCACAACCCCAGAGGCAGUUCUUCGAAUCUGCUCUCCAUGGGCAUACUGCCGUUGUCGAAAUGGAGAUUCCUCAAGCACCUUAGUCUUGCUGAUAAUGGUAUCACCUCGAUCUCGGCGUCAAGUUUGGCCCCAUUGGCCAAUACACUUCACUCCCUCGACCUGUCGUCGAACCUGUUCGCCCAGAUCCCUGAUUGCCUGGCGACACUUACAGCCCUCAGAGCGCUCAACCUGUCAAACUGCAUGAUAGAUUCACUUCAUUCAUUGACAAGAAAUCCUCUACCAGCCAUCACCGCACUGAAUCUACGAUCGAAUCGACUGAUAUCUAUCGCUGGCGUGGAAAGACUCUAUCCCCUAGAGAGACUAGAUCUGAGAGACAAUAGGAUGACUGAUCCAACGGAACUGGCUAGACUGACUGGGAUUCCUGAUCUUCGAGAAGUCUGGGUCCUGGGUAACCCUUUCACUAGAACACACAGCAAUUACCGAAUCACCAUCUUCAACCUUUUCAGGAACACCCCUGGUUAUACAGAGGACAUUUCCAUUGAUGCAUCUGGUCCAGGGUACACGGAGCGAAGACACCUUGUCGAACGUGCAGCGGAGAAGCCCAAUGUGCCUGUCGUCAAGCCGCCUCCACAAGAUCAUGGUUUGUCUGCGGUAGAAGUAAACAAACCCAUCAUUGACUACCCAACACAGCGUGCACCUGCCGUGCUGCACAAGGAACGGCCGGCGCCCCAAUCCACAACGAGCGAAGUCUAUACCAGCUCCUCCGGGCGGCGAAGAAGGACCCCCAAGCGGAGGAUUGUGGAUCUCUCGACCUCCGAAACUUCUCCUUCCAAACCUACGGUCAAGUUUACGGCAGAAGAAGCUACUCUUACUGCUGCCGGAUCGGAUAGCGGUUAUGGUGUCAGUCCCGACCCCUCACCUCGGACUCUACCAUCAUACGUACCUUCAGAACCCCGUCAAACUCAAAGCUCGUCAGAUAUCCCUCGGAUUGAUACGUCAGUGGCACCUCGAUUACCUCCCAUCGAGUCGCUAUCUUACAAUGGUCCGCUGAUCAAAUCUCAAAACGACUUGCAGGACUGGAAGGUAAGCGGUGAGAUCUACAAGAAGAAACUCGAAGCACUUCGCAACGAGGUUGGAAAUGGGUGGCUCAGUGUGCUGAGCGAAGAAGGGUGGGAUGCACAGAAGAACCCCCACCAAGGCUUUGUAGCACCCGAUUACAGUCCUGCAAGCACAAUACGGCCGAGCCCUACCACACCUCGCGCCAAUUCUCAACAAACAAUACAUAGUGGUCGGACAUUAGGAUGA